AUGGAGUCAGAUGGCGAAGAAGAGGAUCAAAACAUGGACUACCAGGAACACGUCUUCCAGAACGACUCCUCCGCACACUUCGACUCGCACUCAGACUCCGUCUUCUGCAUCGCGCAACACCCAAUUCAUAACAACAUCGUUAUCACCGGCGCUGGCGAUGACACAGCUUACAUCUUCGACUCAACACCCGCCGAGCGGCCCGUUCUGCCCUCAAGCUAUGAAUCAAACCCCCAGCCGCGCGAGCAGCCUGCGGGCGAGUACGUCGUGACGGCAGGUUUGGACGGCAAGCUCCGCGCAUGGCGGGACUCCACGCCCCAGAAGACGGGCAUUGCGUGGGAAUUCGUGGCCGAGGCCCAGGAAGUGGAAGAGAUCAACUGGGUGUCUGUUUGUCCUUACCAGCAAGGCAGGGACGAGACGCGUAAUGUCAUCGCCAUGGGCGCCAAUGAUGGUAGCGCUUGGGUCUUCCGCAUCGAUCAUACCGAUUCCCAGCCCAUCUCUAUCAUCCAGACUUUCUUCCAGCACACUGCCUCCUGCACAGCUGGUGCCUGGACACCGGAUGGAAAUAUGCUGGCGACUGUCUCGGAGGAUGGAAGCUUCUAUGUCUGCGAUGUGUUCGGUGCUGCUGCCGCCGCUGGUAUCGCCGGCUCGCCCGGUACCAACGCCGUUGUCGGAUUGACUGCGGAGGAUCAGCGAUUCGCUGUUGAGGGCGGUUUCUAUUCCAUUGCCAUCUCACCGGGUGGUGGCAUAGCUGCUGUUGGUGGUGCCGAGGGUCAUAUCAAGGUUGUCGGUCUGCCUCGCAUUGCGGGUGCCCAGCAGGCUGCAAAGGGUAAGGCGUCUCAAUCGACGACUGCCUCUGCUGCGGGUACUAUUAUUGCCGAUCUCCACGCCCAAUCCGAUGGCAUCGAGACUCUGUCUUUCUCCCAGCCCCCGCUGACUCUUCUGGCUGCGGGUUCGGUCGAUGGCUCCGUUGCUCUGUAUGACGCUGCUCACCGAUUUGCCGUUCGUCGUCACGUCAGGGAGGCUCAUGAGGGCAGCGCGGUCGUCAAGGUUGAGUUCCUGCACAGCCGGAUUCCUGCUGCCCCCCGCCCUGGUGGUGCUGCCCAGGGUCGGCCCUGGCUGCUCACCACUGUUGGACUGGAUGGAGUUGUCCGCCGGUGGGACGCCCGGGGUGGAACCACUGCUGCCGGCCAGGGUUUGUUAAAGGAGUGGAAGGGACACUUGGGUCUCUCCGAGAAUGAGGAUGGUGAGCAGGCAGGUGGCAUCAUGGGCUUUGUCCAGGGCUUUGACGGCAAACGUGUUGUCACUGCGGGCGAUGAUGGUGUUACUCUCGUGUUUGAGGACGAGUAG